CCGUACUGUACCAGGAAUACCGGGACACUUCCAAGCAGCAGGAGAUUGAGCAACGACGGCAGCGUGAGAACCUCUCUCCUAGUGUCACAGAAGGGACUGUGGUGGCAGACUCCGGCGUCAUGUCCCCUCCAGUGCUACAGCUGCAGCUGAGGAACAGCGCCCGCUCACUGAGCCUGUGGCAGAACCUGGAAGCUGUGCAGGCUAGCGGCCUGCUCACCCAGUUACCACAGAGAGAAGUCAUAAUGCAAGAGGCCAUGUUUGAGCUUGUUACCUCAGAGGCAUCGUACUACAAGAGUUUGGAAAUUUUAGAGACUCACUUCCUACGUAACCCCGUUUUAAUCAACACUCUCAGCCAAUCCGACAUGCACUUUCUCUUCUCCAACAUCGAGGAAGUCAUGAAAGCCAGUGAAAGGUUCCUAAUGGAUCUCGAGCAUCGAAUUGAGAAGUCAAUUUUGAUUUCUGAUGUGUGCGACAUUGUUUACCACCAUGCUGUGGAGCACUUCAGUGUCUUCAUCAAAUACGUCAUUAACCAGGUGUACCAAGAGAAGAACUACAGACGCAUUUU